CGUUUGUUCCGUCAUAGAUGUAUAACUCUAGUCAUGUUUCAGUUUUGCUUCCCCCUUUUUUCGGGUUCUUUUUUCUACGCCUCCUGUUUAUUCAGAGUACGAGUGCCGAAAUAACGCUUCAGCCUGUCUCCAUCAAUACAACACUCAAUUCAACAGCUAAUUUUGUUUGUGAAGCUAAUGGGGACCUUUUGAAUUUCCUUGUUAACAAUACACCAGCUAAUGAAAUAAGAGCCAGAGGAUUUAUGGAUGACACUACUGGAAUAAGCGGUGGUGGAUCAAGAGGAAAUUUAACCGCUAAAGCAUAUGAUAUUAAUAAUAAUACUAAUAUUUCUUGUGUGGCUAGUACUUUGUCUCCACCAUCAUCAGUUACUAGUGAUACUGUCUUUUUAACGAUACAAGGUCUAUUGGAUAAUGUUGGUAAUCUGAAUCAUAUUUUUAUUAAUGGAUCCACCGUAUUAUUAACUUGGACAGCUCCUUAUACACUGGAUAAUGUACCUAUCACUGGAUACCAUAUAGUCAAUGGAUCAGUGAACAUUACUACUACUAACAAGAGUAUUACAUUAUCAGCCACUAAUCCUGACCCUUGUAUAUUAAAUAAUAUAUCGGUUUCUCCUAUCAAUGAUGUUGGAAUAGGUUCAUCUAAUAAUAUCAGUUUUCAUUAUGAAACAGUUCCUCUUGUUGCUCCCAAUGUAUCAGUGAUACCAGCAGUUAAUGAAGAAAGUAAUAUAACAUUAAAUAUCAGUAUUAAUGUAAGUUGUAAUUUUUGUGUUAUGGCUAGUGAAUACAUUGUUACUUGCUUUUGUUGUACUUACUAUCAACAAGAUCAUAAUUUGGGAGUUUUUAGUAUUCGUAGAGCAAUGCAACUGCCCAACUACAAUUACAUCACUUAAAAAUUAUAAUUUAUGACUAUUAUGAAUGUUA